AUGGCCUUGACAAAGUCUUGGGUGAUAAGGCAGCUAAAUGUGAACAACGCAUUCCUGCAUGGAGAAUUGGUAGAAGAAGUGUAUAUAAAACAGCACAAAGCUGAACAAGGUUCUUUAUGGGUUAAAACAAGCCCCAAGAGACUGACCUAUAUACUAGUGUACGUGGAUGAUAUAAUCAUCACAGGUGAAUCAGAGAAGCUAGUAAAAGAAGCAAUUGAGCAACUGAACGCAAAAUUUGUUCUCAAAGACAUGGGGAGUCUUCAUUACUUCCUUGGCAUUCAGGUGGAAAGAUCUAAAGCUGGUGAUUUGCUCUUAUCACAGCAGAAGUACAUUGGUGAAAUUCUAAAAAAAGCUGGCAUGGCUGGUUGCACAAGCUGUCACACCCCAUUGCCUUCAACUGUAAAAUUCUCAGCUUUAGGUGGGCCACAAUUCGUAAAUCUUCAGCUAUAUAGGUCAGUAAUUGGAAGCCUUAAGUACCUGGCAAUAACAAGGCCAAAAAUCUCUUACAGUGUCAACAAAAUGGCACAGUUUGUUCAAGCUCCUUUGGAUGUUCACUGGCAAAUGGUAAAAAAGAUCCUGAGAUAUCUCAGUAGCACAAGACACUAUGGACUGUACCUGAAGCAAGAAAACUCGAUGCAAAUCGCUGUAUAUAGUGAUUCAGAUUGGGCUAGAGAUCCAGAUGACAGGAAGUCUACAAGCGGGUACUGCUGUCACUUAAGAGAAGCACCAUUAAUGUACUGUGACAAUCUGAGUGCAGUACUAUUAGCAGCCAAUCCAAUCCUUCACUUAAAGUCCAAACACUUUGAAAUAGACCUUCACUUUGUAAGAGGUCAUGUAAACAACAAAAAUGUCAAAAUCAGCCAUAUUCCAGAAAUCGUUCAGGUAGCUGAUGUUCUGACAAAAGCAGUACCCUCAGAAAAGUUCUUGCAGUUCAAGUACAGGUUGAAUAUUGUUGAAAUGGAGAGCGAUGAUCAACAGGCUAAUCAAGAAAUAAGAACUAGCAGCAACACCUAA